CGUACAGUGCACAGACACUUCUUUCCAGAAGGCAGAGAGCAAUGCUCAGUCUACUGACAGGCGAGCCAGCAGACCGACAAGAAGUCAGGACAUACUCUCAUAGCGUUAACAGACGGUAACACCACAAGUGGGUCUUCUGAAGCCCACUUUUGCUCUCCUGGGUUUGAUUGCUCCUGAAUGCACAUUCAACCUCCUCUACUGCUGCCAGUGAAGACCUGCAGAUGCACUCAACCACAGGCUUACUUUUCAACCCUGCAUCUGUCUCAACACUCACACCAAAGUUGUACCAGCGAAAAGAGGAUACACAUGUUUUAUUGACAGAGCUACAGGUGGUUUGAGUUUGAGCUGCUGGUGGACUGGAGGGGUUUUUUCCUGUGUGGUGAGCUGUGGCGUCUUUGGAGCCAGUAUGUUGCCUAUUGUUGCGGCAUGUUUGGUAUUCGUCCUGCUGGGCUCGGGGCAGGCUCAGGUUGCCACACAGACUCAGGGGCAGAGCCAGAGUCGGGGCCAGGGGCAGGACAGCUCUGCCACCCCUUGGAGGCAGGUUAUUCAGUGGGAGAACAAUGGCCGGCUGUUUAGCUUGCUGAACAGUGGAGCUGAAUAUGUCCCUGCAGGGGUAGGGGCUCAGGACAGUGGUCCCAGGGUGGUUGUAGCAGACAGUCGUCCACGCUCUUCGCGUAGACCUCAGGGAGGCAAUGUCCGCCGACAGGCUCCAUCAAGAGGAUCCUCUGAGACUGUCCGUGGGCAGGCUAGACAUCCCUUUGGCUUUGGGCAAGUUCCUGAUAACUGGAGACAAACUGCAGGCAGCACAGGGGGUAGCCAGUUCCAAGGAUCUACUAGCACUCGCUUCAGGCCAUCCACAGGCUCUUCAUCUUCAUCGUCAUCGUCAUCGUCAUCCUUUUCUUCAUCAUCUUAUAAUAUACCAUCCUACCCACAGAACCCUUUUCCUCAACAGCCGCCCUUCCAACCAGUACCUUAUGACCCUAGUUUUGGAGAUGGACCAGUCAGGAGCUACGAGCCACCUUUUCAGCCUGUUGCUGGUGGAGGAUAUGGUGGUGGAGGAUAUGGCGGUGGAGGAUAUGGCGGUGGAGUGUAUGGCGGUGGGGGGUAUGGUGGUGGUGGACAGGGGUAUACAGGAGCAGGGUAUGGAGGUGGUCUGGCGCCAGUGCUCCCAGGCUCUCCCUCUGAUUUUACAGACGAUGGCUACCGUUACUUCCAGUCUUAUGGCUACGGGGCCAAUCCUGUGGUUCCUGUGGUGCCUGCACGCGCUGCCCAACCACCGUUUACAGAUGGUCUGGACCACAGAUACACCCACAGUCUCUUCAACGGGGAGACUGCUCCUGCUGUCCCUGCUGUCCCCGCCCCUGACCCCAACCAGGCAGCUCCCGUGAUAGUGGACAGGACAGGACCAGCUGGUCAACCUCAAAUCAGGAGCCCUCAGUAUGAGCAGUUUCCUCCAUUUGGAAGACCCCAGCCUCCUUUCCUGCAGCCCGCUCCAUCAGGCAGAAGUUCUCCAAACUCCGGCCUUGAGAACCCCAGCAUAAAUGUUGGAAGUGUGUACCGACAAGAACAAAGAGGUUUGCCGGAUCUGGUUCCUGAUCCCAACUAUGUCCAGGCUUCCACAUAUAUCCAAAGAGCCCACAUGUAUUCUCUCCGCUGUGCUGCAGAAGAAAAAUGUCUGUCAAGCUCCGCCUAUGGCCCUGAGACCACCGACUAUGAUGUAAGGGUCCUGCUGCGAUUCCCACAGAGGGUGAAGAACAAGGGGACUGCCGACUUCAUGCCAAACAGGCCACGUCAUACCUGGGAGUGGCAUAGCUGUCAUCAGCACUACCACAGUAUGGAUGAGUUCAGCCACUACGAUUUACUGGAGGUCAGCACCGGCCGUAAAGUGGCAGAGGGACACAAAGCUAGUUUCUGUUUGGAGGAUACCACCUGUGACUUUGGUCACCUGAAGCGCUAUGCCUGCACCACUCACACUCAGGGUCUGAGCCCAGGCUGCUACGAUACAUACAAUGCUGAUAUUGACUGCCAGUGGAUCGAUAUCACAGACGUCCAGCCUGGAAACUACAUACUUAAGCUCCAGGUCAAUCCCAAGUUCUUGGUGCUGGAAUCAGACUUCACCAACAAUGUGGUCAGGUGUAAUAUACACUACACAGGACGGUUUGUGACAACAACCAACUGCAAGAUAGCACAGUCUUGAUCAGGCACUGGAAGGCUGCCACGCCAGAGUGACCCUGAUUGCUAUUCCAUUGAAAUGUGAAUGGAAUCCAUUUGUUGUUGGCCUAUUGUUGAUGUUGUUUGUCUCUACUAUUUUGUGCUGUCUCAGUAUCCUGAGCCCAUGGCAAAUGAGGGUUCCACUGGCACUGACAAGAAUGAGGGGGUUUAAAAUAGACACACACACACACACACACACACACACACACACACACACACACACACACUGUUGCAUGAUGCAUAUUGCACGUUGAUAUCCCCAAAAUGAAUCAGCACUUCACAUCCCUUUAAUCAACGUUAUAAUAACGUCCUACCCACUGCAUAUUUCAUUUUCCAUCUCUACCAGUCUGGUUUGGUUAAUGCCAGGCCGUGCUAUUGACUUUCAAAAGAGGUGUUUACUGUAUCUGCACACAAACAUCUAUGCACACCCCCGGCAGAGUGGUUCUGUUUGAAUUAUAAAUAAAGCGUGAAACAGUGCUGGUGCUGAAAUUAGUGGUUCCAGACGAGUCAGGGUUCAGCUGCGAUCCAACAAAUAAAAUUAGGGGACAAAGUCUUUCCCAGGUGCAUUCAUCCAUGCUGCGUGGGGACAGACAGAGAUGCCCAGUGACUCAGAAGAACUAUAAUGUGUUAGUUUUUUUCCCCUCUCUUCACUGCCUCAGUGGGUUAGGCUGGGAUACUGUGAUUCUCUGGGCACAUCCUGUUUAAUGUUGUGUUAACAGCAAGAGGAAGACAGCAGGUCAUAUUUGUAUUUGUCAAAUUAUAAGUCAACAUAAAAACAGACUGUCAGUACUGGGCGCUGAACUCCUCUAAAUCCUUGCAUAUUUAUGCCGUGUCCCCAUUCGUCCUUUCUUACUUCAGUAAAACAGGAACAGGAAGCUCAACUGGCAGAAAAGGGUGCUUUCCAGAAAACAAGCCUCGCAGAUUGUAAGCUGUAUAUUUACACUGUCUUGGGGUCCCUUCUUCAACUACCAACACUGGUCAGAUGGCACAUAGGUCAUCUUUACCUUUUGAAGAAUGUUUAAACAAAUAUUCCACUGAUGCAUGACUUUAAUGAUGGAAAUGAUUUUGUUGUAACUGAUUUUACUUUGUUAUCCAGUUUCACCUGUUACUGUAAUUUGUGAAAUUUAAUGAACUUAUAUAUAUUUUUUCUUGAUAAUCUGAAUCAUUCAAAUAGUUUUUGGAAAAAACACUACUGCUACAGACUUAGUGUUAUAAUGCAGAGCAAAAGAAAGCUGUCUCUACCUACCUCUCCAAUCAAGUGAGCUGUUGUUUCCUGUUAACUGUUUGGUUUCCAUUGGAAAUUCUUGCAAUGGUUGCAGCACACAACCCACAAAUCCGUUAAAUAUAUCAAAGGUUACACAUUGUGAUGCAAGCAAUGACUUAGUAACAUAACAAAAGACUUAAAGUUAGAAUCCUUGAGAUGUCAGUCCUGGUUGGUUUGGGGACACAUGGUUAUUGAUGGUAACAGCAAAUGCAGUUUAAUACUACAUCAGACAAUCCUUGAGCAGCUUCUUUGUCAACAGCAGUACAGCGAAAGAGCUCCUGGUGUAUCUGUGUACAGUGGAACCAAACAAACUCAAGUUUUAAUAAAGAAGUCAGUCAAUAAUGGGA